AUGGAUCAUGUUACCAGGCCUGUUCUGCGGUGCAAAGAUAAGAAGUGUUCUUUUGGAGUUUGGUGGGAGGAAUCUUGUUCAUGUGUUCAACAAGAAAAUGAGGUAUUUGAUUUGUGUUCAUGUGUUCAACAAGAAAAUGAGGGCCGGGACGGGUUUGGUUUGUCUCCGUGUGGUGAUGAAGGCUACACCCUGCUAAUAAACCCAUAUGGAGCUGGAGUGUGUACCUGCCAGGACGGAUAUAUCCUGGAUCAAGAUCAAAAAUGCGCUAAAGACACGGAGGGUGCUCUGACGAGGUUUAUAGAUCUAAGAAAGGAUCUACAAGAGGCUGGACAUGCUAAUAUAGAAAAUUGCUUUCUGGUCAACAAUGGUAUCUGCACCAAAACGAUAAAGUCUGAGAUGGAUUUAGACUCAAGUUCUCGUAAUUCUCUAGCUGAGCUGGUCAACUGGCUGGGAUCCUUUCCACACCCUGCUCAACAAUGCACAGGGGAGAAGAGGGAGGAGGGAGAAAAUGAGGAACAUCAAGAAGAACAGAAGAGGGAGGAGGAUGAAAGUGAAGAGGAUGAGGAUGAGAGGGGAGAUGAAGAGGAUGAGGAUGAGAGUGGGGAUGAUGAGGAUGAGAGUGGAAUAAUUGCUAAGUUUGGGUUUCACAGUCUUGAUUGCUCCCAGGAUAAUGAAGUUGAAUAUAAUGGAGAGUGUGUUAAAAUCUUCUCCAGUUCUGUUUGCCCAAACCAAACCCAGUGGGUUGUUAUGAAGAAAGAGAAGAACACAUUGGAAGCAGUUUGUCAAGAAAAACCUUGCAAAAAUGAUGAAAUUUUUUACCAAAAAGAUUGCAAGUGCCACGGGGUAGAUAGCGAUGCUUGUGGAUUAAAUGAAGACCUGUACAUAAAUAUAUAUGGGUACGGCAUGUGUACAUGCAAACCUAACCAUGCUGUACAUGCAGGGGAUGGAAAGUGCUAUCCAAUUUACAGUACAGGACCGUGUUCUGCUGGAAGUAUGUUUGUACCUUCUACUGAUCUAAGCGGUACAUGUAAACCAACAGUAUGUAUUGAGGGAAAAGUAUAUUUAAACGCAGGUGUAAAUGAAGACCCUGAAAAUGUGAAUGACCCAGACUCGGAUAUAAAUUGUUUUGCUAUUGGUGAUUCAGAACCCUGCGCUGACGAUAAAAAAGUUGGAAUUGAUGAAAAGUUUGAGAUCACGUGUAUCGAAGAUUCCAGAUUAAACCCCUCAAACCAGAACGAGGAGGGAAUUAAAGCUUUUAACAUCUCUCCUACAACAUGUAUUCUAGAUUCUAGGGGUAGAUGCAGGAGGUAA